AUGCCUUUCAAGCGACCUGCUCCUGAACCGCAUCCUCGCUCUGACUCUCAGUCACUGGAAUCUUCCUCGUCGGCUCUCCAGCCAUCGAAGCAUGCCCGUCUGGAGCCUUCAGAGAAGGCCAUACCAGAUGUCACGUUGUACAUUGUUCAGGCUAAGCUGGAUCCGUCCAGUCUAUCGGAGCUCUUCCGGCUCGCGGAGAGACAUGCACAACGCCUAUGUUCAAACGCGACCGAGGCUGACGUGAUAAUCACAACCAUUCGCAUGAGGAGGCGUUUGGAACGACACAUACCAUGGACUCUUGCUAAACAGAAGGCGAUAGUAACGCCUCAAUGGCUCCGGGACUGUGUCAAGCAAAACAAAGUUCUCCCAUGUGUCGAUUAUGCUGCAAUCCAGGAGCUACGGACUGAGACCGAGAAAAAUUGCCCAGAAUGCAAUCUUGCACCGUGUCUUUGCGGCGACUCAGAUUCAGAAGUAGAGACACCAUCCAACCAGCCAGCGUCGUCGAAGCACAGGCCCACAAAGGCUGGGCUCGAGGAGACGCAAGAGUCAGACAUGCACGCCAAGAUUCCUGCUCGUCUCCUGCAUCCGGACCCAUCUAUCCCGACGCCUCUGGACAAGCUCAAUUAUGCGUCUCGAUACGCGUGCCGGCGUGCAUCCCCCCUUACAUGCCCCAAUCAAGAGCUCGUACGGGAGCUCGAUAUCGUGCAUCGCUCUCGUGCUAUGGAGAGCGAAGAACGCAACGCGUUGAGUUACCAGCGCGCAAUCUCGGUGAUCAAAGCGUAUCCGCAUCGGAUCACCUCCGUCUCGCAGGUGCAGAAGCUUCCUUUCAUUGGCCAGAAGACUGGUACCAUGGUAGAGGAAUUCAUCGACACGGGAAAGAUCGAGGAAGCUCAAACUAUCCUCGCAUCGGACCGCUUCAAAGCCCUCAGCCUCUUUACCUCCGUCUAUGGCAUCGGGCCCAACACCGCUCACCGCCUCUACAGUCUCGGCCUGCGCUCUAUCAACGACCUCGAGAUCUACUAUGGCGUCGAGCGCGACGAGCCACAAGCUACUGGCCCGUCGGAGCUGCAAGAGGUCGAGAUGCAGAAGCGGCCUCAUUAUUGGCGCGGGCAGGACCAGGAUAAGGGCAAUCGCAAGCAUGGUCUGGGAGAUAGCUGGAUCCGGAUCGCGCUGGAACUGAGGGAGGACCUUGCCAUCAAGAUACCACGAGCUGAGGUGGAAGAGAUGGAGCGCAUCGUUAUGGCCGAGCUGGCCGAGCUAGAGCCAGGGUGCGUGAGCACGAUCGUCGGGGGCUAUCGGCGAGGGAAGCCGGAGAGCAAUGACGUCGAUAUCGUCUUCACGCACCCUGACGCAGGCGUUAUGAAGGGGCUCUGCAAGCGGUUUGUGCGCAGACUGUACGAACGAGGUAUGGUCAGCCAUGUCAUGCAUUUGUCUGGCUUCCAUGGGCAUAAUCCUUUACGAACCACCCAUUGGGAUUCGCUCGAGAAGGCGCUCACCGUCUUCACGUUACCAAACUCAUCGCAGAUACACAACGGUAUCCGGCGGCGUCUCGACAUGAUCUUCGCACCGCCCGAGGUGUAUUGGACUGCUGUUAUCGGUUGGUCAGGGUCAAUCAUGUUCCAGCGGGACCUCAGACAAUGGGCCAAAGACAAGCUUGCCAUGAAAUUCGACAGCUCGGGAAUCACAAGACGGUACGACUCAAAGAUGUUCUUCCCGAAGACAGAGAAGGAGGCCUUUGACCUCUUAGGACUGGAGUGGGUGGCGCCGGAAUGGCGGAACGCAGAUGCAUAG